AUGGAUGGGGGUGGUCAUUCAGGUGUAAAUCAGUUGGGUGGAAUGUUUGUCAAUGGCCGACCUCUACCGGAUACAACACGUCAGCGUAUCAUUGAAUUAGCUCAUUCAGGUGCACGUCCAUGUGAUAUUUCACGUAUUCUACAAGUAUCUAAUGGUUGUGUAUCGAAAAUAUUAUGUCGUUAUUAUGAAACUGGUUCAAUUCGACCAAAAGCUAUAGGUGGUAGUAAACCACGUGUAGCUACAAGUGCUGUUGUCACAAAAAUUGAUAUUUAUAAACGUGAAUGUCCAUCAAUAUUUGCUUGGGAAAUACGUGAUCGACUAUUACAAGAAGGUGUAUGUACACCGGAUAAUAUACCUAGUGUCUCUUCAAUCAACCGAGUUCUUCGUAAUCUGUCCAAUGAAUCUCAAAGACAAUUAUCAUCUGCUGCAGCAGCAGCUGCUGUUGCUGCAGCCGCUGUAGCUGCACAAGCUGCUGCACAUAGGAAUUGUAUUAAUCCAACUGGAGGAAUUAAUACAGUUCAUUCAAAUCAUAAUAUUUCAACAAAUAAUUAUUUAUCCAAUAUGAAAUGUGAUCUACAUGGUCUAACAAAAUCAUUUAUGCCAUCAAUGUUUAAUUUUACUCCAUAUCAUGUUUCGAAUAGUAAUAAUGUUAACAAUAAUAAUAAUAAUAGUAGUAGUAAUUUAUUUCCUGUACCACCACCUACAAUACCCCAGUUAUAUAACCAACAAAGUUCAAAUGUCAACAGACAUUCAUCUGUUUGUUUCAAUGAACAGAAUAUUAUUGAUAAUUGUUCAACUCUUCCACAUACCUCAAAUUUACAUACAAAUAAUAAUGGAGUUUAUCAUAAUCAGAGUAUGCAUUCACCUACACUUUCCACUUAUUUUCAAACAGGCAGUAGUAUAAACAAAACUUUACCAUCGAAUCUUAACCAUAACAACUCACAACAAACACGUUUAGCUUAUGAUAAAUUUAAUGAUUUAUUCAUAUCUGGUUCAUCUAGUGGAACACAGAGUUCAUGGGCUCAAGCUUGGUAUUCUGCAGCAGCUGCAUCAGCAAACAGUGUCUAUUCCAGUUUAUAUUCUUCAUCAAAUAUAAAUCAAAAAAAUGACUUUCUUCAAGAAAGACAAUUUUCUCCAUCAAUAAGUUAUUUAAAUCAAUGUAGAUUUCCGGGAAUUUAUCAGAAUCUUGAGAAUGUAGUUAAUUCAGUAAAUGAAAGCAAUUUUGGUGUUAAAUGUUCCGGUGGUAUGAAUACAUCACAUAGUGAACUUGGUGAUCGUAACAGGAAUGAAUCAUCACCUCAGCACAAUCAAGGGAAAGUACCAAUCUUAGCCUCUCAGCAAGCAUCACACAAUCCACUAACAACAUAUGAUAAUAAUAAUAAUAAUGAUAAUAAUAAUAAUAGUAACAACAAUAAUUCAGCUACUCAUCAAUCAAGAUUAUCUUGCCAUUACAACUCGAAAUUAGAUGCUAACUGGUCAUUUGAUUGUCACAGUCAUCACCAACCACAUAGUCAACAUCAGAAUGUUCAUCAACAGCAUGAAACUAUUCAAAGACUUAACGAAAGUUUAUUUAAAUCUGAAACAGAAGAGUUUAAACAAUUCAUAUCUAAUAUAGAUGAAAAUGAAAAAGUCGAUAGACAGAUAAGAAAAUUCUCAAUAAAUCCUUUGUUUACUUACGAAAAUAUUAGUAGUAUGCAGGAGCAUGGUGAAACGUUUGUUCAACCACAUUCAAAUGAUACAAUUAAUGCGAAUUUACAUCAUUACUUAAUGAGUAGAGAUAUGCAGAGGAUGGAUGGGCAUACGUUUACUCAUAUAGGAGAAGAUCAUAGAAUGCAUAAUACAGAACUGGGGGUAGAUAAUGAUGAUGAUGAUGACGGUGAUGAUGAUGAUGAUGACUGUGUGGAAGAUGAAGCAAACUACAACACAACAGUUAAUUCAGGAUCAAGCGUUUCACGUAAUCAUGAAAGUCAUAUAAACCAGUCAUUAUCAACAACUUCCACAGAGAAUAUGAGUGUGAAUUUACAAACAAACUUAUAUCAUAAAGAAAUAAGUGAUACAAAAGGAAAAAUUAGGAGGACAAGUUUCUCAUGUAAAAACUCUGUGAAUAAUGGAAAUAUUAUGUCAUGUGGCGAUAGCUUCCCAGAAAAUGACCAGUUACCUUCAACAAGAGAAACACUUCCAUUAGUCUUUGAACGACAAUUUAGUGAUCAUUUCACUAGAAAGUUGAAACAAAAAGAUUUAGAACAACAAAAUGAUCAAGUACAAGGAAAACAACAACAGCCACAACAACACUAUACGGAUAGAUUAAGUCAAAUGAAUCAGUUUUCAGACAGAAAUCAUAAUAAACUGACACCAGCAACAGUAACAGCACAAUCGAUAACAACAUCAACAGUACUCGAGAAUAUGCAUAUUCUUACACGGUUCACUAACAAUACUGCAAAUAAUAAUGAUAAUAGUAGUAUAACUACCACUAAUGAAAUCAACCCAAGUAACAACAACAGUUUAACGUUGAAUCCCUUGAACACACAUAUAUAUCAUGAAUUAACUGAUGCGCCAGAAACAUUUAUGGAAUCAUUACAUUCAAACAAUUUACAACAGUUAAGAGAAAGCAUUAAAAAGAGAACAUUGAAUAAUUCAGAAGAAAGUACUUCUGAUUUAACAGACAAAUUACUGAACAAGCAUAAUAAUAAUAACAAUAAUAAUAUGGUUGUAAAAUCGGUAUCAUCGGUUAGCCCAAAGUCUGAACUAAAUGAACGACCAAAUUCUGUAUUGAGUGAAGCUAAUUUAUCACAGAUUGAUUCAAUUGAUGAGAGACAACAAAGUAGUAAACAGAAAACUCAUCAUCAUCAUCAUCAACAACAACAACGUAGUCGUACUUCUUUUUCGAACCUUCAAUUGGAAGAACUUGAAAGAGAGUUUGAACAUACGCAUUAUCCUGAUGUCUUUUCACGUGAAAAGUUAUCCAGUCGAAUACUUUUGCCUGAACCACGUAUACAAAAAUCAACAAAAUCUUUUCAUAAUAAUAAUAAUAAUAAUCAUAAUAGCAGUAGUAGUAAUAACUGUAAUAACACCAGCUUGACAUUACCUGCUGUCACGACUUCAACAAUAACACAAACAAAUAGUAAAUGUACCAUCAUUGCUGAUGACAACAUGAAAACUGAUCACCUGAACACAAAAAAUACAAUCAUUAACAGCAAUAUUAAAUCAUUAGUAGUAAACAAUUUGAACUGCUUAACAUACUUUGAUAAUCAUUCAAAGAAUACACGGAAUAAUAAUGAUACAUAUAUAACUAAUAGUAUAACAAGUCAAAAUUUUGACUUAUUAAGACAACCUGAUAAUCAUAGAAUACAAUCGUCAAAAGUUAAUAUAAAAGGCAAUAAACUAGACAACUUCAUUUCAUUAUCUACAAGAUAUACUGGAGAUGAUUUAUUGAUCAAUAAGAAUAUUGAAGAAGGUGACAAUCAUCAUUAUCAUCAUUUAAAUGAGAAGAAUUGGUCUUGUUUACAGAGAUUACAACAACGAGAAGAUGAACAAAGUUCACAUCUACAACUUCAAGCACAUAAUAAUUUAGAUAAACAGACAAUCCAUCAAAUAUACAAAAUAUGA